AUGGCCACUCCGAUCCGCCCUGCUGCCGCGGCUCCUCCUGCUCCUGCCCGCCCUCCGCAGCCAAUGCCGCCGCCGCCGCCGCCCCACCACGACACGACGCUCACGCUGUCGCUCGCGCUUCCGCCCCCGCCUCCGCCUUCCCCGUUCGCCCGCGCCCGCGGGGUCGCCCCCAGGCCGGCGCCGCGGCCGCCGGACGUCGUCGUCGCCCGGCCGGCGGCAGUGCGGUCGUCGCCGCCCGCGGGGGGCACGCCGCCGUGCAGCGAGUGCGGCAAGCGCUUCUCGUCGUGGAAGGCGCUGUUCGGCCACAUGCGGUGCCACCCGGAGCGCCAGUGGCGCGGGAUGACGCCGCCGCCGCACUUCUGGCACCAGUUCACCGUGCAGGAGCGCGAGACCGCCACGAGCCUGCUCAUGCUCCGCGGCGACCGCCCCGCGGGUGCUGCUGGCAGCAGGGGCAGGAAGAGUACCCUCGGCGCCGCCGGCACGUCGGCUUCUUCGUCGCUGCCAAGGUGCGAAUGCGAUGACCACAAGUGUAGCGUCUGCGUUCGAGGCGGGUUCGCCACCGGGCGGGCUCUCGGCGGCCACAAGCGCUGCCACUGGGAGAAGACGGAGGGGGCGCCGCCGGCGGUUGCUACGUGUAGUGGAGACGGAUUCAGCGCAUCGUCGUCGCAAGCAGCGCCGGCCACCACGCUGGACCUCAACCUGCCGCUAUUGCCACGGAAGAGCGAUCAAGACGGCAGUUUGGACGCGACGUUGGAUCUGAAGCUUGGGUUCUAA